CACAUUUGUUCCACCGACGGCUAGUGGGGACAUUUUAAAUUAGCAAACUGUGCUAAAGCGGUCGGAAAGUCGGGAGCACAUAGCAGUUAUUCCAUAAAAUUUCAAUUAACUCCAUAUUUUCCCCAUGAAUAUGGUACUACAAGACUGAGAUGUUACAGAGAACACACACAUGAGGACAGAUUUGAAGCAGGUCAGCCGCCCCUGUUUAUUGCCUAGCAACUGCCACUUCAGAGACGCCACCCCUGGCCCCGCCCUCCAGAGAUGACUGAUGCCCAGAAGGCCAACGAGCUCCCUGAAUGCCCCACAGAGGGCGGGGCCACAGCAGAGGAGCAGGACAUGCCCCUGAGGCAAGAAACCACGCCCACCAGCUCUCCGCCUUGUGAUGAGCCAAUCAGCUCGCAGAGUCCUGACAAAGAGCCAGCCCCUGGCCUACUCUCCAUGCCGUGCUUACUGAAGGAGCUUCAUAGAGACUCCGCCCCUGGGCAGCCGCAGGAAACAGGUCCGCCUCCGACCGCCACCCAGUCCUGCCCGCAGGAAGACAGCGAUUCUUCCGUCUGCCUGCGGUCGCCUUCCUCUUCCGGUCACCUCGGAGACUCUGACACGCUUUCGUCGGCGGAGGAAGUGGCCACGCCCGCCCAGACGGCCGGCAGGAAGUCGCGGCGCUCACAUUCUGAGAGCGAUACAUCCUCCGUUGCCAUGGCGGCCAAGAAGAACCGUUGCCAGGAGAAGCAGGUGAACGGGCGCGUCCGCGUCAGAGGCCCGCGCAGUCAGCGGCAGAAGCAGCGCAUGCGACAGCUGCGGCAGAAGCGGGAGGCGGCGGCGAGACGUAAACCUGACGUGCUUCAGGACAGCAGCACCAGCGACAGCGACAUCACAGCCCACUCUUCAUCAUCCUCGCCGCUAACGGCCUCAUCCGACAACGAGGGAGAGACAAUCAACUCUCACGCACCAGUGGGUCCUGCAGUGGUUGGCCACUAUGAUAUUUCAGACACUCACUCCGAACAGGAACAGCAGUCGCACUCGCUCUCAGGUGCCGUAGAAGUUGAGCCAUCUCAGGUGAGUCUGGCGUCCACAGACAGUGAAGUGGAGAUCGUCGGAGUUCAAGAGAACGCCAACGUUGUCUCAAGGUUUCCUCGCGGUGGAGUGAUCCAAUCGCUUUCUUCCUGGAAGCAAAGAGCUCCGCCGGCGUGGACGUCAGUCUCUGCGCAGUCAGGCUGGGUUCCUCCUCCUGAGGUGGUGGACCUGACGCUGGACGAAGACCGGCACAGAUACCUGCUGUGAUCUCACAAACACACAUACAUGCUUAGAUACACACCCUCAUAUACAUGUGACUGGUGGGCUGAGUGACUCAAACCAUAAUGAACUUUGACUGUUGAAUCUAAGAACACAGAAUAAUGUUUUCAUUAAAUGGAAAAACUCUACAAACUUACUGUUCAACGCUUUCUUCUGAUACACUUUGAUAUGCCUGAUUAAUUAUUUGAUACUGUGAGAUCGUAACGUGAGGAAAUGACACCAGGCUGGUAAUGGUUAGCGAGCGAAUACUGUACCAAGUUCUCCCAUGAUAGAGUCAGGUGUCAAAGCUACUAGUCUGAAAUAGUUAUUACGAUCAUAAUAUGGGGCUUCAUUAAAGAAAUCAACAUACUGAAUGUAAAAGGGUGAAUCUCACAAAAACUGGCCAUAUUUAACUUCAAAAUCAAAAAUAUAAGAGUUUUAAUGCUACGUUCACACUGUCAAUUUUUGGGAUUGACAACCUCGUUUACUUACAGGUGUGAGUCUCGAAUACUGUCUGUAUGAACGUGCGACGAGAAACAGCUUUGGAGAAUUUGAUGUUUCUCCAUUCAAAGAGACAGGAGCUGCACUUGCAUGCCCGAGAGGCGUUUCAAAGAUGGCCGCCGAGUGAAAUGACUUGUCUUAGACUUAGAUGGACUUUGAAGCCACUUAGUAUAGCGGCUCUAGUUGUCCAGUACAGUUCCGUUCACAUAGCAUGGAUUACCCAAGAAUGCAGUUGUGAGUCCUGCAAAUUUACGGGUGUGAGUUCGGUUAUAGAAUGCGUUUGUCACUCCCGUAAAUAACCGUAUUGUGUGUGAACGUAACCGCGCGUAAGGACUCAAAUACAGGACUGACAACCGUAUUCGUAAUAUGAACAAAUAUUUGAAUUGUUGUACUGCCUUUGUUGAAUUAAAUAAUUCAUUAUAAAGCUCUCAAUUACAUUUACUGUUAUAAAAGAAUCAUUAUCGAGAAUAAUGGGAAUUACAGUAAACAAAAGUAAAACAUAUGGAUGUUAUGGUAAUUUUGGGGUAAAAAUGUUUGAAAAUUAUAAAAAAUGUCAGUGGUCCUAAAAUACGCUGCUGCUUUUUUUUUUUUUUUUUUCCUUUAUGCAAAAUAUAAUUUAAGCGUUUUCCUUUUGAUUUUGAGGUUAAUGUUAUAGUUCACCCAAAAAUGAAAAUUUUGUCAUUUACUCACCCUCAAGUUGGAUAUUUGGAAGAAUGUUUGUAACCAAGCAGAUUCCCCCCCCCUUGACUACCAUAGUAGGAAAAAAGAAAUACUAUGGUAGUCAAUGGGGGGGCGAGAUCUGCUUGGUUAUACAAAUUCUCCCAAAUAUCUUCCUUUCUUUGUUCUUCUGAACAUAAAUUUAUACAGGUUUGGAACAACUUGAGGGUGGGUAAAUGAUGACAAAAUUUUUAUUUUUGGGUGAACAAUCCCUUUAAAACACAUGGAUGUGUUUUUGUGAGAUUCAGCCAAAAAAUUGAAUUACUCAUCAAACCAUUUUUUCAAACCGCCAUUUCGUCAUGGCAAAUCAGGGAUGCUUUGCUUUCUCAGAUCCUCAGAUUUCAACGUCUUGAAUUCUUUUGAGUCACUUUGCCCCACUGAAAAAACACCCACACUUACACGAUCCUGCUGUUGGCCUCAGGAGUCGCUUGCUUGAACCGCCCCAGCCACUGUUUUCGUGAUGUAACUUCCUGUUAGCUGCUGAAGAGCUGUUAGUCGAGACAUAACCGCAAACCUGCUGGUCUUACUCUCACCGGAGCAAACGCCCUGCUGCUCUGCGUGCGCGAGAUUGUGUGCGUGUGUUCACUGUCAAACAUUUGAUGCUGCUGUGUGGGGAGAAGCCUUGGAGUGUGUGUUCCUCACCCAAUACUGCUUUCACAAUAUGUUUGUGUGUGUAUAUCCUGAGCAUUAGAGUUUUUCAGAGCAUGUUCGUUGCGUACAUUUCGCAUUGUCAUAGAAACAGGCCCUUGCUCUUAUUAUGCCAAUGGAACUUCUUAUUCAAACACUCUACCGGUCAAAAGUUUGGAAGAAUUACGAUUUUUUUCUUUUCUGCUCAGCAAGGCUGCUUUUAUUUGAUCAAGAAUAUACAGUAGAAUGAUUUCCGAAGGAUCAUGUGACACUGAAGACUGGAGUAAUGAUGCUGAAAAUUCAGCUUUGAUCACAGGAAUAAAUUACAUUUUAAAAUAUAUUCAAAUAGAAAACAGUUACUUUCAAUUGUAAUAAUAUUUCACAAUAUUACUGUAUUUUUGAUCAAAUAAAUGUAGCUUUGGUGAGCAGAAGAGAUUUUUCAAAAACACUGAAAAAAUCUUAAUGAUUCCAAACUUUUUGACAGGUAGUGUUUACACUUGUGAAUACAAUCAGUGUGUGAUGAGAAAAUAAUACUGAUUUUUGUUUUCUAAAUGGGGUCUAAUUUGCAUAUAGACCUUUUAAGCAAUUUAACUACAACUUAGUUUUAUAUACGUGUUUCUAUGGUUGCAUCAUGAUAUCCCAGACACCACUGAAACUAUUUAUUGAUAUUUGCUGUGUUUUACUUGAUGUUACAUAUAUGAAUCAUUUGUUCGAAGAGCAAUAUGAAUAUGCAUCUCCAAAACUGCAUAUUAAAGGGAUAGUUCGCCCUAUGAAUGAAAACUGUCAUGUAUUCACCCUCAUGUCUUUUCAAAACCGUAUGACUUUUCUUUCUCCCUUGUAACACAAAAGGUGAUUUGAAGAAUAUGCUGAUCGCUUCCAUAAAAUGAAGCAAAACUGACAACAAAGCUGCUUAAAAGUGGUCCAUAUACAGCACACAAGUCAUAUAGACUACUUUUAUGGUGCUUUAUUGUCAUUUAUGGAGAUUGAAAGUCACUUUAUGCUUUCGUUAAAUGUAAAAGAGCAGCGUGAACAUCCUUCAAAACAUCUCCUUUUGUGUUCCUCAGAAGAAAGUUAUGUAGGUUUAGAAUAACAUUAGGGUGAGUUAAUGAAAACGUUCAUUUAUGGGUGCACUGUUGAUUAAGUUAGAGUCUUGGCAAUAUAUUCAGUCUGUAUAACAUCAAAUGUUUCCUUCUGUUUUUUUUCCCUCACGAUUGUUACUUGUCAGACCACUGUGUGUGAGGAGCACUCACUACCUGAAUGUGAAUUAUUCUGCUUGUUUCAGCUUGUGUAUCACCCUCAGACCCUGCAGGACAUUUCAGAGGCAGGUUUUGAAGCCAUUCUGAUGGCCAUUUUGGCUCUCUUAGCCCCGCCUUAAACUGUGCCCCGCCCCUCUAAGAGUUUAAUUAGACCUUUCCUCUCUGUCAAUCGCAUGAGGUGAAUAACUGCUUCUUAAAAGGGAAAAUGUAGUUCCAAAGCAGGAAAACAGAUGGUAGCAGAGUAAUUUAAAAACGAUAGUUCAUCAUUGACAUGCUUUCAUGUCGUUCAAAAUGACUUUUGUUCUGUAAAAAUGGGGAAAAGAUGUUAGGCACAAUGUUUAUGCAGCUCUUUUUCAUAUAGUGAAAGUGAAUGGAGAUGGACGCUGCCGAAAACCUACAUAAACAGAAAAUUACCAUAAAGCACUAUUAAAAUCGGUUCAUGUCUUUUUUUCGACAAAGAUUAUUGGAGUAUGUUUUACAAGAGAAUGCUAUAAUACUACAAAAUUUCACAUUUAAAGGGAUAGUUCACCCAAAAAUGAAAAUUAUCACAUGAUUUACUCACCCUCAAGCCAUCCUAGGUGUAUAUGACUAUCUUCUUUCAGACAAAUAAAAUCAGAGAUAUAUUUAAACACAUCCUGGCUCUUUAAAGCUUUAUAAUGGGAGUGAAGGGGGGUGGGGCGAUUGAAGACAAAAGAAGUGCAUUCAUCCAUCGUAAAAAUACUCCACAUGGCUCCAGGGGGUUAAUAAAGGCCGAAGCGAUUGGUUUUUGGAAGAAAACUGUAUAUAUUUAACUUUAUAAUCUAAAAUAACUAGCUUCCGGCGGAUGGCCGUACGCAUGCUGCACAAGUUGACUUGCGCCACAAGAUUAACCCGUGAUGCGAUGUAUGACGUAGGAGUAGCGUAAGCGUAGACACCUCUUGUGGUUCAAACAAAUAUGUUUGGGCAACAAACUCAAGCUCCUCUUUUCUUACAUCAAAAUCCUCUGACAUUUCUCUUUAAAAUUUCUCGUUUUAGACUAAUUCGUGACCAGUGAUUUGUUUUGCUCUAUCCUCUGUGCUUCCGCGUUCAUCAUUACGUCAUGGGUCCGGUCAGAGGUUACUCUUCCACCGCAAAUCGAUGCGUAAGGCCGCCUGCCGAAAGCUAGUUAAUAAAGUUUUGAAAUGUUGUUUUUUUUUUUUUUUUUUUUUUUUUUUUUUUUACAAAAACCCAUCACUUUGCUUCAGAAGGUCUUUAUUAACGCCCUGGAGUCGUAUUAAUUGCUUUUAUGAUGGAUGGAUGCAUUUUUUUUUUUUUUUUUUUUUUUCCUCAAAAUCACAUCCAAUCAUGGGAUAAUUCAAAUCAUGGGAUAAUUGGGUGAACUAUCCCAUUAAUGCAAUGUUACUUGCUGUUUCUUUGCAGUUGCAAUUUCUGAGUGAAAACUCAGAACCAGUUUUUUUUUUUUUUUUUCGUACAUAGUCCCAUUUACUUUCAUUGCUCAGAAGAGCUGCGUGAACAUUCUGCAAAUGACAGAUUUUUAAUUUUUGACUGAACUGUUCCUUUAAGUUGCAUCCCUCCAAGCAAAUUCCAAUUAAAACUCUCAAACUUUGUUUUCUCUGCCUUCAAAAGUGAAGGCAGUUGCUGGAUCCCAGCUGUUGUCUCACAUUCAGGCUGCUUUUGUGAAGGAAAGGAAGCCUUUUCAGAGUUUAAAUUGGGCACAUCUGUCACCAGUGUGGACACUACGAUACCCAGAAUGUGUUAUAUCUUCUCUUCCUGUGAUUAGCAAAGAGUAUGGAGACGUUCCUACACCCUCCAGGAUUAAAGAGAUGCAUUUGGAGCUGAUGCUUUAAAGGGAUAGUUCACUCUGAAUUUCAGAAAUGAUCAUUUACUCGCCCUCAUGGCGUUCUAAACCUGUAUGACUGACUUCUCUGCGACAAAAAAGAUGAUUAGCAAAAUGUUCCUCUGUUCCUCUUUAGCAGGUCAGUGGGGAUUGAUGGUGACCAUCUCCAAAAAUGACCCAAAAAAGCUCCAUUAAACUAGUUUUGCAACUAUAUUCCAAAUCUUCUUAAGCCAUACGAUAGCUUUGUGUGAAUAACACAUCCAAAUUUGUCAUUUUUUUUAAAAUCUCAUUUUCACUUUUACUGUUUUACUUAGUGAGCCGAAAAUACUUAUUUCAGAAACAUCAAGUCUUUCCGACUCUAAACUUCUGAACAGUACUGUAUUCCUCACAUUUCAGUUAUGAGACAAAGAACUAAUGGCUUUAGAAAACUUUUUGGAGCUUAACGGCAUUUGUCCCCAAUAACUUUCAUUAUAAGGAAAAGAUCAUUGUAAAUCCACAAAUCUCUCUUUUAUCUUCCAUGGAUGAAUCAUACGGGUUUGGAACCACAUAAAGAUGAGUAAAAUAUGACAUUUGAACUAUUCCUUUGACGUUGUCAAAUGUUCUCCCACACACACCAGCAUAUCCGGCUCUUUACUUCUUAGUUAAGCACUUUUAAAUGUUAUGUUUCAAAUUUCAGUUCUAAAGGAGUUCUAAAGCCUCCAUUAUGAAAUCAUCAUCUUCUCCUGCAUUUUGUCUUGUUUUUCCUGCCUGGAAUGUUUUGUAGUUUAGUACAGAUUAAGCAGCAAUAAUCCAGCAUCCAGAGAGCAGAGGGACAGUCCAAUGUGGCUGAACUCAAUACAAGUCAGGUGACAUGAGGGGUAUGGGUUGUUUAUUAGAUUUCCACUGCGUUUGAAAAACACUUUCCCUUUAAUUUAAUCAUGCUAUGUUAUUUUCAUUUCGACAGUAUUUUAAAUUAACAGCAGAAGAGUGUUAAUAUUUUUUGCUUCCACAAGUCUUUCUUCCUUUAAACAUUUAUGUAGAAUAAAAUGAAACUAUUUUAAGAUAAAUAAAUAGAGAUAUUUAAAGAGUAA